AUGGCGAAGAAACUCUUCGACAUACUGAGGCCACCAACAGCUAGGGGCGUCUUGUCGCCUCGACCACGCCCUAAGUUGCUGCUCGUCGUAGGCCUCAUCCUGAUCACCGUCUAUCUCAUCAACUUCACCUCACAUGGCCGCGGCUACCACGUCAUACCUUGGAGGUCACGCUCUGCCGAAGGUCUCAAGGCGGAGACCGAGGAGGAGAAACGAAUCAGGGAGACGCACGAGCAGGCGUUGCGCGACGAGUUCGCCGACGAAUACCAGGCGGCCAAGAGUCUGCCGGGCAAUGAUGCCAUCUACGGCAACACUCUGGCUACCCUCAUCAGCAAGGACAUCCGAUCUCCCGAGCAUGACGCCGUCUUGACCGAGGCUCCGAAGAAACCCCUGGGCUUCGCAAUGGACAAGCCCUAUGUCUACAACCCAUAUCCUGCCUACCACAGCAGUGAUUGGAGGAGGAAGCACCGCGGGCCGUACAUCGCUUGCCAGGGUGCCAACGGCAAGACCGUCGAGGACAUGAUCGUCUUCAAGGGCCAUCCUCAUGAUUUCCCGCCCGAGAGCUUUGGCAGCUACGACCUCCUCAACAUGGACGGCAAUCUCUGCUUCGAGCGCGAGACCCGACUCGGCCCUUACGGAUAUUCGACCGUCUUGAAGGACGGAGACCCCAUCAACUGGGACCUCGUCAACUGGGGCGACCUGCAGGAGAAGUGCGUCUCCCUGAACAAGGAGCGCUAUGACCUCACCGGCACCCCGAACCCCUAUGUUCGUACCGUUUAUCCCGAACUCUUUGGUGCAGCCGAGUAUCCCCCGCCGCAGGGUGUCAGCAAGCAAGAAGUGCGAAGUGAGCAUCCCAUUGACGAGGAGCAGCGCAAAGAGGCCCGAGCUUCAGAGCAGGCCUCUGCGCACGACAAUCGGGGCACCACCACGGAUUCUGAGCCGGAGCCCAAGGUCGAGCAGAGGACCGCCGUGCUGCUCCGCUCGUACACUGGCAAGAAGUACACUGAGAAUGACAAGCAAGUCAUGAGGGCCUUGAUCUCCGAGCUCAAUUUGCGUACCGGAGGAGAAUAUCAGUGUACCUACUGCUUCACGUGCGCGACUCAGGCCUCGACAUCUUCGGCGAUGAUCUGACGUACAAAUACGUCCUUGACCAAAACGUCCCUAAGGAGUUCCAUGGCAUGACUAUUCUCUGGAACGACCGGUCCGUCUGGGAUAUCUAUACGGCCAUGACCGAGGACAACGAGCGGAGCGUGCACUCGGCGCAAUGGUUGUCUGUGCAAAAGUUCAGUCUGGAGCACCCCG